CCUCUCGUGCCUGCGCAUUUGCUUUCUCGUGCCCGCCCGGCGCCCACUGGCACUGUCUUUUCGCGCCCGCCCACUGUCUGUUCGUGUUCGCCCACUGUCUUUUCGCGCCCGCCUGCUUGCACUUUCGUGUCCACCCAUUGGCUCUCUUGCGUCCACACGCCCGCUCUGUUGUGUCCGCGCCGUGUUCAAACAUUCUUGUGUGUGCGCGCGUGCGCAUCCUCCGCGCUCGCUUCCAGAAUCCACAGCUGCUCGCUCUCGGCUUCUUGACUGCGCACCUGCCUGCUGCCUCAUGACAAACAUUGAUCUGUACUAUUGCCCCUGUCACCUGCAACCUACGCGCCCAUGCUCAUGGACACACACCCGACUCCGUCUUGCCCACAGUCUGUCUCGCACGCCCCCUCCCGCCCAUGCUCUCGUCUGCUCGGCCGGCUGGCUACCUCCCCAUUCGUGCGAUCACCCACGCGAUUGGUCACUCGUCCAUCCGCCGACUUGCCUGCGGACCCGCUUAGUGACCCGUCGACCCGCGGACCCACUGACACUGUUACUCUAG